UUAUUAUUGUAGAGAGAACAAUAUGAGACAAGCAGGUGCAUAUUCCGGGAUACUAUGUGGGGGCAUUUCUGGAAGAACAGGGCCACACUCUUUGCCAUUGGCAAGGAUCAAGAAGAUCAUGAAGAAAUCUGGUGAAGAUGUUAAGAUGAUUUCUGGUGAGGCACCUAUUGUUUUCUCAAAGGCUUGUGAGCUCUUCAUUGAGGAACUUACUAGAAGGUCUUGGAUCGUCGCCAUCCAUGGAAAGAGGAGAACCUUGCAUAAAGAUGACGUGGCAUCCGCCGUCGUCGCCACUGAUAUCUUUGACUUUUUGGUCACUUUGGUGUCUCAUAAUCAUGGAUGCGCUUUGAAUAAUAAUGCCAAUAAUGAUGGUGCUGUUAUGGAAAUUCAGACAUUACAGUAUUCUUAAGCUGUCUUUGAAAAUAUAAAUACAAAGAGAUAUUAUUAGAAGACACAAACUUAUUUGAUACACAGAUAAGUAUAUUGAUAGAGGAAAAUUUUUAAGUGUUUCGUUUACUUUAUUGGAACACCAGUGUACCACGUAUUAUUCGGUAGUGAGUUUUGAAAAAUAGAAAGUAAGCACAUGAAAAAUUACAUGUAUUUGGAUAUACUUUUAUCUUGUUUCGGCGGCAUAACUUUACAUAUACACUACUGUCUACUGAUUCAUGAAGGAUUUGAAGCAAGUUAACAUGCAUGUUAUGGGCAAUAAAAAUUAAAAUAUAUAU